UAUACGUUCAACCCAAUUGCAGACUUAAAUAAGCGGAGAUACGUCUGAAAUUAAAACGGUUAUCGUAUUGUAUUUACUUUACCAUAUGUACAGUAGUGGGGCUAAACCUUUAUAUACUUUUCUUUGUUUUGUUAUAAAAAGGAACGUUGUGUGCAUACAUAAUUUCUUGAUCUAGUGAGCAUCUGAUUUGGCCUUAAAACGAUCGUGUUGUAACCGUUGUUCAUCAUUAACCAGUUAUAUCAAGUUUACAACGAACACUCGUAAGGUUCGCAGGUCUCCAAAUGUUCUGCAAGACUUCCUCUUAUAUUUUCCUCAUGUAUGUUACUUGAUGUAGUCGUGAGGCUCUAUAUAAAUAUUCGUUUAAUUGAAGUGACGUUUUAGUACCUGCCUGUACAUACUUUGUGUUAAGUCGACACUUGUCACCAAGUCCCACCAUCUGCGAAUGUAUCGUAGAUGUAAGGAGCUGUUAUAUACAUGAAAAUGGACCUGCACCUAAGAACAUGGAUUGUGUUGUGUACAUUGGGAGUCGCGUUUGGUGUACCACCAAAAAUAGUAGAAACAACAGAAAGUAUUAAUGUCACAUUGGAAUAUGACAGUCAAUUUUGUCACCCACUAGUAAUAGGACACCGCGGCGCCAGUGGGUACGCUCCAGAACACACCCUCGGCUCGUACGCACUCGCAGCUCUCAUGGGAGCUGACUACGUAGAACCAGAUCUAGUCAUGACCAAAGACAAGCGACUGGUCGCAAGACAUGACAAUGAACUAGGCUUAACCACUGAUGUUUCCUUACAUCCCGAGUUCGCUGAUCGUUACACCAAUAAAACAAUUGAUGGCAAACAACUGACCGGCUGGUUCACUGAAGAUUUCACUCUCGCAGAAUUAAAAACCUUACGUGCCGUAGAACGCAUUGCAGACAUCAGACCAGGAAACUCUCGAAUGGAUGGCGCCUUCCAAAUACCAACGUUUCAAGAGAUUAUUGAACUAGUCAAAGGCUUAGAAUCCAGUCAAAAUAGAAUUAUUGGACUUUACCCAGAAAUUAAACAUAGCUCGUAUUUCGAGUCACUCGGAUUACCAAUGGAACAACUAGUAGUGGAUAUACUUCAUAGCUACGGUUACCAAGGAUCCCACGCGCCCGUCUACAUCCAGUCAUUUGAAAUAAAUAACUUAAAAAAACUGAAGCGGAUGACUGGUAUUCGUCUUCUACAGCUGUACGACAGUCCAGAUAUGAUACCUUACGACCAGAUAGAGCAAGAAAACGCACCAACGUACGCCAGUAUGGCUACACCAGAGGGACUUGCAGAAGUUGCGAAGUACGCUUAUGCGGUAGGUCCGGAUAAGAGCUAUAUAAUUCCUCGUGAUGCAGAAAAUAAUCUGGGUGAGCCUACAAGUUUCGUACAAGAUGCUCACGAGGCGGGGUUGAAGGUACACCCGUAUACUUUCCGUGCAGAGAACUCUUUCUUACCAAAAGACUGUCAUAACAAAAUGUACCCCAACUUGCCAUCAGCCCUGGGUAACUUAGGCGCUGAGAUCACGGCUUAUUUCAAUGCAGGAAUCGAUGGACUCUUCAGUGACCAGCCGGAUAUACCGGUGCGUAUCCGAACCGGUUGCGUGAGGAAUACUAAAUGAAUAACUUAUUAGAUUAAGUAGUUACAAUCAUGUGUGUACAAAUAGCUUUCAGUUCCUGUUUGCAUAAUCAUCUUUGUAUAUUAACCAAAGUACAAAAAAUGUAUUAGAUUGAAAUAAUAUAGAUCGUUCAUGAGGGAGAAAGUCGGUUAUCGAUUCAACCCCUGUGACUGUCUAGAAUAGGUCAUGCUUAAUAGUCUAACUCUAAGAUAUCAAUAGGUCAUGCUUGAUAGUCAAAGAUAUCAUAAAAGUACCAAUUAAUCUAUACGGUAAACCUAUGUGCCUAUGUCGCAUUUACCCAGAUCAAUCAUUGUAAGAAAAAUAUUAUUUCUUCUUGAUUGAUUUUACAACAACAAUAGGACUGUAUGAUGCCACCGACUCUGUAACUCUGUGCAUUAAGUGAUCAACUUAUCCCUAUAGACUUUACAGUUGGGAAAGUUGAUGAGUAAUAAUCAAAACAGUUAGUCACAGGCGUGCAAUAAGUACAAACUACCGUAGGUUUAGUUACGUAGGAACAAGAAUAGGAAAAAAUAACCUUAAUUUCCAGUUGAUUAAUCUUACGUUUACAAUGAGCCAUUUGUAGGUACUUCCGUCGUAAACAAGAGUGGUCAACAGGUAAAACCACGAAUGUUGUUAUUCAAGUAUUAAUUAAAUAAACAGUUACUCUAUUAUUGUAAUUAAUGAAAUGAUAGGAAAUAAGUUUAGGUAUACCUGUAUCGAUGUUUUUGUAUGUUAAUUACAUAAUAUUUACAAUUUA